AUGUCUGACACAGAGGAUGCCACAUAUGAAGAGCAAUCAGAUGGUGGAGAGGAAGAUGGAGGAGACGAGACAAAGCCUAAGUUAAAGCCUAGUUUCAUGCCCGGCCUAGCAGCCCCAAAGAUCCCAGAUGGAGAAAAAGUGGACUUUGAUGACAUUCAUCGAAAACGAAUGGAAAAGGACUUGACUGAGCUCCAGACUCUGAUUGAAGCUCACUUUGAGAAGCGCAAGAAGGAGGAAGAAGAGCUUGUUGACCUCACAGAUCGAAUCGAGAAACGCAGGUCGGAGAGAGCAGAGCAGAUGAAGAUCAGAGCAGAGAGAGAGAGAGAACGGCAGAACAAAUUAGCUGAAGAGAAAACGAGGAAAGAAGACGAAGAGGCCAAGAAGAAAGCAGACGAUGAUGCGAGGAAGAAGCUGAUUCUGUCCAACUUGAGUUUCACUGGAUACAAGCAAACACAGACCGGGCCAAAAAGACAAACGGAGAGAGAAAAGAAGAGGAAGAUCCUAAAUGAUCGACGCAAAGAGUUAAACAUUGAUCACAUGAAAGAAGACAAACUCAGGGAAAAAGCUAAGGAGAUGUGGGACUGGAUGCGCCAGCUGGAGGCAGAGAAAUUUGACCUUCAGAAUAAGUACAUGAAGCAGAAGUAUGAGAUCACCGUGCUGAGAAACCGGGUCAGUGAUCAUCAGAAAAUUUCAAAGGGUACUAGGAGCAAGCGUGGACUGAGGAAGUAACAUCUGACAUCAACUGGAGGAAAACCGGC